AUGCAAGGUGGAAAAUUGAAGAAGUCAUUCUCGGUGGCUUGCAGUAAGUGUGGUGAAAAGGGCCACAACUACAAAACCUGCAAGGGAGCUCCAUCAAACCCCAACUGGAAGCCUAAAACAAAAAAGCCUAAGAAGAAAGGAGGAAGCAGCUCUCAACAACUAGUUGUGCUUCCUUUAUCCCAGUUAGCUCCACCCCCAGUGGAUUCUUCAAGCAGCCAACCAACCAACACACAACCCCUGCAACAAGCAACUACUGUUAUGAGUGCAGCAGGACCAACUCAUGCAAAUGCUGCACCAGCUCCAACCAGGGUUACUAGAUCCACGCUUGUGAUAGCACCUCCGGUCCCAACAGUCACUCCAUUCAGGCCACCAACCCCAAGUACAACCCCUCCAUGUAAUGCUCCAGGCAAGGCUCGAGAGAUUGUUAGCAACACUUCUCACCCGAAACCAUCAAAAUUCAGACCAAAGCAGAAGAUCUUCAGGCCACUGGCACCACUGGUUCAAGGACAGUCUGGCACAACGCAGGAAGCAGCAGCUCAGGAAGUCUCCCAAAGAACAACACCAAGUGACCCAGCAUCUAGGGAAUCAACAUGA